GACACCUGCUGGCGGCGGCGGGCCGGCCCACGGCGGGCGGAGCGGAGGGGAGCGUGCCCGCCGCGGGGCGCUCCGCGGGGAUGCUCGCCCGUCCCCCGGUGCGGGGCACGGAGGCGGCGGUGGGUACCACGGAGCCGGGCAUCCCUUGAGCGGCGGCGGGGGCACUGCGGUAGCGGCGGCUCCGCGCCCCCCGUCCGUCCUCCCCCUUUUUCUCCUCCUCCUCCUCCUCCGCCGCGCCACUUCCAGGGGAGGCUGGUGUCAUGCGGCUGGCGCCGAGGGAGGGGUGCCCGUGGCCGCAGCGGCUGUGAGAGGCGCCGAGACGAGCCCCCUGCGAUGACAGCCAUGAAGGAGCAGCCGGCGCACCCGGGCGGCAGGGGGAACCCGCCGCCGCCGCAGCCCGACCAGGAACUUGGAAGUAACAGCCCUCCGCAGAGGAACUGGAAGGGAAUUGCUAUUGCGCUGCUGGUGAUUCUAGUUGUUUGUUCACUCAUCACUAUGUCUGUCAUACUUUUAACCCCAGAUGAACUUGCAAAUUCAUCAGAAACCAGAUUGUCCUUGGAAGAUCUCUUCAGGAAAGAGUUCGUAGUUCAUAAUCCAGAAGCCAAAUGGAUUAAUGAUGCAGCAGUGGUGUACAAAAAUAGGAAUGGACAUGUUAUUGAACUGAAUGUAGAAACAAAUACAACUACAUUAUUAUUGGAAAAUACAACUUUUGUAACAUUCAAAGCAUCAAGAUACUCGGUUUCACCAGACUUAAGAUAUGUUCUUCUUGCCUAUGAUGUUAAACAGGUUUUUCAUUAUUCUUAUACAGCUUCAUAUGUGAUUUAUAACAUACAGACAAGGGAAGUUUGGGAGUUAAAUCCUCCAGAAGUAGAGGAUUCAGUUUUACAGUAUGCAGCCUGGGGCAUCCAAGGACAGCAACUGAUUUAUAUUUUUGAAAAUAACAUCUACUAUCAGCCUGAUGUGAAGAGUAGCUCAUUGCGCCUAACAUCUUCAGGAAAGGAAGGAAUUAUUUUUAAUGGAAUUGCAGACUGGUUAUAUGAAGAGGAACUUCUUCGUUCUCACAUUGCCCACUGGUGGUCUCCAGACGGUGAAAGACUGGCCUUCCUGACCAUAAAUGACUCCCUGGUACCAAAUAUGGUUAUUCCCCGGUUUACAGGAGGUCUGUAUCCAAAAGGAAAGCAAUAUCCAUAUCCUAAGGCAGGUCAAACAAACCCAACAAUAAAGCUGUUUGUGGUUAAUCUGUAUGGACCAGCGCAUACACUGGAACUGAUGCCACCUGACAGCUUUAAAUCAAGGGAAUAUUACAUCACCAUGGUGAAAUGGAUAAGCAACACCAAGGCUGUGGUGAGAUGGUUAAACAGACCUCAGAAUAUCUCCAUCCUUACAGUUUGUGAAACCACAACGGGGGCUUGCAGCAAGAAAUAUGAAAUGCAGUCAGACCUGUGGCUUCCUAAACAGAAUGAAGAACCAGUUUUCUCCAAGGACGGCAGUAAGUUCUUCAUGACUGUCCCAGUGAAGCAGGGAGGCCGGGGUGAAUUUCACCACAUAGCCAUGUUUAUUGUUCAGGCUAAAAGUGAACAACUCAGUGUGAGACACUUGACUUCAGGCAACUGGGAAGUUAUCAAAAUCCUGGCGUAUGAUGAAAAUACACAAAAUAUUUAUUUCUUAAGCACUGAAGAAUCCCCAAGAGGAAGACACCUACAUAGUGUAUCAACAGUUGGAUCAUUGAAUCGUCAGUGUCUCUCAUGUAACUUCUUGAAAGAGCAGUGCACGUAUUUCAGUGCAAAGUUUAGCCCCAUGAAUAGGCAUUUUUUACUACACUGUAAAGGGCCAGGCAUUCCGGUUGUUAGCGUGCACAGUACAAGUAACACUGAAAAGUUUUACAUUUUGGAAAAUAAUGCUGCUUUGAAAGAAGCUGUUUUUAAGAAAAAGAAUUCCAAGACUGAAAUUAAAAUGCUUCACAUUGAGGAUUACGAACUCCCUUUACAGUUAUCACUGCCAAAAGAUUUCACGGAUCGAAACCAGUAUGCCCUUCUAUUACUAAUUGAUGAAGCUCCAGGCAGCCAGUUGGUUUCAGAUAAGUUUCACAUUGACUGGGACUCAGUGCUUGUCAACUCUGAUAAUGUCAUCGUAGCUCGGUUUGAUGGCAGAGGGAGUGGAUUUCAAGGCCUUAAGAUUCUACAGGAGGUCCACCGAAGCUUAGGAUCAGUGGAAGUGAAGGACCAAAUAGCAGCCGUAGAGUCACUAUUGAAACAGCCGUUCAUUGAUCCUAAGAGACUGAGUAUAUUUGGAAAGGGAUAUGGUGGCUACAUUACAUCAAUGAUACUGAAAUCCAGUGAACGACUUUUCAAGUGUGGAGCUGUGGUAGCACCAAUUGCAGAUAUGAGGUUGUAUGCAUCUGCUUUUUCAGAAAGAUACCUUGGUAUUCCAUCAAAAGACGAAAACGCUUAUCAGGCAUCCAGCGUAUUAUACAAUCUUCAUGGUUUAAAAGAAGCAAAUUUGCUAAUAGUUCACGGGACAGCUGAUACUAAAGUCCACUUCCAGCAUUCGGCAGAAUUAAUUAAACAUCUAAUAAAAGCUGGAGUUAAUUACACUAUGCAGAUCUACCCGGAUGAAGGUCAUAACAUUGCUUCUGAAAAAAGCAAAUAUCACCUUUACAGCACAAUCCUUGGCUUUUUUAGGGCUUGUUUAAAGGAGGAGACACCAAUUUUACCACAGGAGCCUGAAGAGGAUGAAUAAGGAAGCCUAUUUGUGUAGUACUGAAGCGGACUUACUUUGCGGCUCAAUAAAACCUUAAAUAAAAAUGACUGUAAGAUUGCAGAUUCGGCAGAAGCUCAAGGGCAGCUAAAGGAUAUCACAGUGGAACAGCACAUUUACGGACAAUGAGCUGAUAAACUGGAAUUCAACUACAAAGUCCAAGCAUAUUACCAAGGGACAAAACCUUUACCUUUGUGGAAGGUCAACAGUUGGUUACAGUUUCCUGGAAGAACUUAGUUUUGCAUAAAUGUAGGGUUAGUGCAUGUUUGUUAUGUUAAUCCUCACUGUUGGUUCUGUAAGUGGUUGCUCGUUUUUUAAUUUAAAUGCACAUCUUUAUUCAUCUUUGCAUAAUGCACAACCUGUCAUAAGUAUUACGGCCACUAAUAUUUUAAAAAGAUGAGCUGCAACCUAACACUAUACUGUAAUGUUACAAUAAGUGCAAUUCUUUCGCUGUCUAUUACACAUAAGAAACCACAGAGAUAAUAAAGGGCACGAUAUUUUCUCUAGUUUCUGCUCAAAGGGGAUAUAUUGUCUAGUGCAUCAGAUAACAUAAACACUGAAAAUUAUUUUUUUCCCGAAUUCAGCAUUUACUAUUAUUACUGUACCUACUAGUAACCAAUAAGGGACGUUUUUGGUAGUGUACUCUUGGUCUUUAUGUAUAAACCCAAGACUCCCUAAGCAGCAAAUCUUUCUGAGCUUGAAGAAUUUUUUUGCAGACAUAAUUAACAACUGUAUUUACAACAAUAUCUGCAAUUGAAAUCUUCCUCCAGUCCAAAAUGUAUCCAUUGUUUCCUUAAAAUAUGUUUGGGUUGUGUUUUGGUAUUGUUUAUAGUAGUUAAUAGUUUGCUGGUUACCCUCUAAUUUUAGAAUAUGCUACUUUGUCACAUGUAAAUUAGAUACAUAAAUAUUUAAUUAUAGUUUCAGAUAAAGAAAAUUUGUUAACAAUGUAUAAUGCCACUAAGUAACACUUCACUCCGUAAAUAAGGACAUAUUUUGUAUAGUGCAUCUUCCUUUUCUUCCAUCUGCUCUCAGAUGUAAUUCUAAUGCUCAUCAAGGUGGCCACGUAGCUGGAACACUCCAUUAGUUUUUAUUCCAGGAAUGCUCAUUAAGUCUCUUGCAACAGGAUUUAGAUUCAACAGCAUCACAAAGAAAUGAAAUGUUUUUCAUUCAAAGCAAAGGAAGCUCCUGACAAGUUAAAUUUUGUUAUUUAUUCAGAGGGCAAACCCCUCAAACAUCCAUUUAUUUUUGCCAAGGUGAAUUACAGCAAUAGAAAUUGAAACUAUGAAAUAAACAAAGCAGCCAGUUUGGGUUUUCAGAAUAUUAACUCUGAUCACUGAAAUCAAGUACAAUGUUGACUUAAUUUAAGGUAUCUUCCGGACGGUAUGUGAAAACUCUUGACAGAUGCUAUGCCACUUACAUGAGAAAAACUGUAUUUUUUUUUUCUUUUUUGGAUAUAUUCCAAUUACUUUCCUACCCAAUUAAGGUUUCAUUUCUUGCAGGAUUAAAAAGAGUAAUUUUUUGAGGGUAACUUAUACUAUUUAAGAUGCAAAGUUCUGCAUAUUUUAUGAAGAGUAGGAAUUGUUUUUAAAGUAAAUCAAAAAUCACCUGAAGCUUUUUACUCAUUACUUUCUUGUGGAAUAUUUUCCUUCAUGGUUAGCAUUUUUUUAUGAUGCAAGUAAUUAAUUUGUCUGAAAGGUGUGGGUUUAUGGAACACUGGAAAGUCUCUGUCUUUUAAUGUUUAGUAUUUAUCUUGUUUUAUUAGCAAUGUUUAACUAUUUUUCAAUUAGUUUAAUACAAUUUUAAUGUGCAAUGAUACUUUGUCUGGGUCCCAGUGUCACCACAAAGUUUAGCUUUUCUAUAAGCUAUUUAUAGUACACACAGAGUACAUAUGUAUAGCAUAGUAUAGGCACAGUAUAUAUGUAUAGAGGCUACUAUGUGCACUACGGUAAGACCAUAUAAAAAAAAAAGUAAGAAGAAUUCAAACAACUUUUUGCAAAUUCUGAUUUCUAUAGGGCAGCAACAUUUUAAGGUCUACUGUUGGCUGGGACUUCUAGAUUGUGAUUUUAUAAAUUACACCCAUUACUUAAUAAAAGCUGAGCUGACAACACUGAUUCUUUUCCUAACCAAACCCAGUAAGGGAGCUCCUAUAUAUAGGACUCAAUGAGAUGUUUUUCCCACUUUGAGCCAAAUGCACAAGAAGAAACCACAACCUAUGAGCACAGGUUGAUCACACCGCGUGGACUUGGCAUGCAGAGGCUACUUUAAAGGGUUAAUUCUCAAUAUGCUCUGGCUGUUUCUCUGUGAGGCAGCCACUAUGCAUUCAUAUUUACUACAUUUUACAUAUGUAGUCUUCAGUUACCGCAAAAGAAAACAAACAAGGCUCAUGUCUCGGCAACAGGAUUAUGCAUGGGCUCAGGAAAUGUGCUGUCUUGGGUCUGUGGAGCACACGCACCGUCUCGCCCUUUCCUUGUAGCUCUCUGUCUCAGGCCUCCAUUCCCUAUUGUUUCCAUCUCAACAUCUCGCCUCCAAUUUUGAUCAGCUUACCUGAUUAUGAAGAUGGGAUAAGGACGUGGCUUCUGUAAGAAUGCUUUUACCAGGACGGGUAUGUUUAAAAAUUGUGUUAUCUGAAAUAUGGGUUCUACGUGUGGAAAUACAGUACGCUUUUAUGUUUUUAAUAUUUCUCACACUGUCCUACAAAUACAAGUAUUUUUUCUAUAAACGUGUAUGCAAGGUUAAGCAUCAAGAUGAUAAUACAAGAGGAGGUUGUGUUUGAUCUGAGGUCUUAAUUAAUUUUUUGUGUAAGAGUUAAAUGAAGAUUUGCAAAACUGUUUUCAGAUGCACCCUCUGAUCCUAGUUAGACUGAAGAAUUUUGUGCAACGGGAGAUCCGGAGCUAUCUCUACCCUUGUUAAUCAGUUCAACUACUUCUUCUACUUCAGCACUGCUGUAUAUUGUUAUCUAUCAGGAUCUACGAGCAUAACUAAUGGCAAUCACUCAUUAAUUAGUCUGUGAUCUAUAGUAUUGAUCAAAAAUUAGUACACAAUGCACAGAAAUGGCACAAGAAGUGUAGAUUUUUUUCUAUCUUAUCUAUUGUUAAUCACUGUGAUGACAUUUUAGGUCUGCAAAAUUACUGUUUGACUCAGCUGUCCUUAAAAUAUGACACUCACCGAACUACAUCUAUUAAUUGUUGGAAAACUAGGGAAUCAGCAUAUCCAUUUACUGCUUGUUAGGGCUUAUCGCUACCUUCUUGAUUUCCUCUCUCCUCUUCCUGCUGUUAGGACCUGCAAAAUCUAUGAAACCUGUAGGUCAUACUGAAAUUUCAAUUACAUUACAAAUUUGAGAGGAACUGCAUGUAAAUUGGAAUAUUUUUUUUCCAGAUUGCUGAGUACAAAGAAAAGUCGGUUAUUUUUAAAUGAUUUUCUUAAAUCCUUUUGCAGUGAGGACAGAAUUAUUUAUGACCUGGUUUGAUCAACGUCUGCUAUGAUUUUCUAUAACCACCUAUUUGUUGUUCCUAUGUUUUUGGCAUAUGUGGAUCUAGCUGUGUCUGAAAAUGAAGAUGAUUGCAUCUGUUCUCUUAGCUCUGGCACUUAUUUUGAGAAUGGAGUCAGUUAGGUUCAUUUAGUUGAGAAAUCAUGAUUUUUAAGACAGAAGAGCUUGUAUUUGAUCUGAGGCCAAAGAUUCUCCAUGGAUACUUGGGAGUGUGGACUCCUUUAAUAGAAUGCAGAGGAUGCAGGAUGUGCACUAGUAUCCCUCCUUGCAGGUUUAUUAGAUGUUACUGAAGAAACUGAAGCAAGAAAAAGACUGUCCCAAAGAGACUGAAUCCCAGUUUCUUUUGCACAGCCUAAAUAGGGAAGGUACAGUAGUCCUGGCAUUUUAUAUUUACUUCAAGUAACUCCUGCUGUCAAGUCGCUUGCCUCUGGGGAAGGAAGGACCUCACUGGUAUUGAUUACCAGUGCAUCUUCUUCAAAAUAUCUUUCAGUACUAUUAAGAUCACUCCUCUUUUUCCUCUGAACAAUUUCAAGAGUACUUCAGAGAAUGGGGAGCUCCUGGGACAUAGCUAAGGAGAGUUACAACUUCCAAGGUGCCAGGAGAUUUGAAAAGCAAAGAAAGGGUUUAGUUAAGCUUCUAUCUGUUGCAUUUCAUACAUGAAAGUCAAGAAUGAGCCUGGCUUCGAGGAGGUAGGUGGGUGAGAAGUGUGGGUGAUUCGCUUGCCAGGGAGUAACACAACAUAUUUCCCACAAACCUGGUACCAAAAUUUUGCAGUGGUAAGUAAAACAAAUGCCUGCUUUCUAAUGCCUGAAAAUUACGGUGCUGUUAAUCAGGUAUUUAGAUAGUAUUAAGGAAAUUACACCACUGGAGUGUAUGUGGUCCAAAGUUUCCAUUAAACUUGCAGCUGGACUUCUUGCUUUUGUAAUUAGUUUAGAAAUCCAAUAUCCCACCUUUAUGUAAGUCUAACUCAACAACAACAGAAUUGAUUUGAUGAUGGCUGUGUUGCAUGAGGACACAAGUGAUAUGUACAGUUCUUUUUAAUUAAAAUAUCCCAUCAAGUGCUAACAGACCAUUUUUAGAUUUCAUGACCAAAGGAAAAAGACAAGCUUCCAACUGAUAAAACCAGCAGAGGGAAUUUAAUUCAUAGGAAGGUACUCGGGAAAUAUUUCCCUAAGGAAAAUGAUUAGAAAAAUAUUUUCUGCUAAAAUGUAUUUUGUGUCGUAAGUGAGCUCAGACUACAGCUGUCAGGGUGCUUCUUGGAGAAUUUAAAUGUUUUCUCUACAUCACUGUGAAGAAAAGAAAAGGGAAUAUAUGCAUAUUUUGUUUCAAUAUCGCAGAGGUGUUACUUUAAUAAAAUGGGCAGAUCCUUCUAAAAUCUCAGCAAAAAGCAGAACAAGCCUGAAGAAGUAUGUUGGUUUGUUCCAGCAGUGGCACCUGUCAGCCUUUUCCCAGAUAUAAAUUUAACAAAUAAAAUAAUGUAUUGAGUCCAUUCUUGAGAAGGUUUUCACCACCAUUAGGAGAGCAGUAAGAAAGAACAGUGUUGUGAGGAGACAACUGAAGAGACAUUUUACUGCAGCAUGUUGCUCUAUUCAGAGAUUUUGCUCUAAAGUAAAGUGGUGUAGCAUGUACCACAAAAAAAGGUACCUUUAGAGUCAAAUGUAGCCAAUACUUGACGCAAUAAACUUUCAGCUAAAGCAGGAGUGAAAAAAAUGUUAUUUUAACGAGAGAAUAAUGAAUUAUGUGGAUUUUUAUGGGGGUUUAGUCCUAUAUUUAAGGGUAAUUUAUAUACUACCAUUCAGAUAGUUGUAAAAUAGGAUUCAUUAAAUAUAAUUCCACAUUUGAAAUAAGCAGUUACAGUGAAAUCUUUGUUUUGCAAAACAGUGCAAAUUGUUACAUUUAAAGCUAUUUAUGCUGUCAAGUUAUCUGUUCUUCCUUUUGAGCUGUACUAGACACUACAAUUGUGGGGCUGAUGGGUUGAUAUUUUUAAUUGGGAUAGAAAUUGUACUGAACUUGGACAGAAGGGGCUUCUCUGCUUCUUUAAGAAUUGUUUGUGGAAAUACAAGGAAUCUGACACCCGUGAAAUAUUUGAAAGAGCUUUUAUAGAAGAUCAUAUGAAAAUUGUUACCCUAAGAAGCUGGGAACUACAAAUGAAAUGACAAGUGAGGUCAUUAGGUGGUGUAAACAGAAUUAAGCAAGACGAAAGAAAAAGCAGCAUGGAAAAUCAAUUUAGGCAGGACUUUAAAGCUUAAAAGGAGCAUCCUGUGAGUGUAUCAAAUUUUGCAGCUUUGCUUUAUUCUUCUUUUUUGGAUUCAAGCACUUGUUUCUGACUUGGGGCUGGAAGCAAGAUUGUGGUCAGAUUUUUCCAACAAGGACAAUGACAA